AAUUGUCAUUACUUCUCGCAGUAACUUCAUCCUGGUGGCGCCACAGUACAUGAGCAUCGGACAGGCGGAGCAGAUAUGCAUGGACUUUAUCAAGGCCGACUUCCAGUUGCCUCCCGUCAACAUCAGCAUCCUACUGAAGCGCACGAAUGACGUCACAGUACCAGACGUCAUCGCAUCGACGCACCUGUACAAUCAGGAUGUGAAUGGUGCCAGUCUGUGCGCCGAUCUGUCCAUCCCUGACACGAGCGAGACUACUGCUUACCUGCUGUUCAGAGCAGAUGAAACGACGUACUUCCACGUUGCCGACCAGAAGCAAGUAUUCCUGAGGCGACCAUUCGUUAAACCUGUAACAUUCAUCGAACCAGACAAGCCUGUGUACAAACCUGGUCAAAAAGUGCAAUUCCGCAUUCUGCGUCUAUCAUCUGAGUUGAAGCCCAUAACUGAACCGAUAAGCAAGGUAUGGAUCAAUAACCCUUCUGGCACUCGAAUUGCGCAGUGGCUUGACGUCGUGACAGAUGGAGGUAUCGCCACUCUAGAUUUGGAUCUAUCGAAAGAACCACCGCUAGGAACCUGGGAGAUCGUAGUCACCAGCGAGGAUGGUGUGACGAAGAAGCAAUUCAAGGUGUUAGAAUAUGUUCUCCCAAAGUACGAUGUCACCGUUGCAUUCCCGUCAAAGAAGAUUCCGAGAACAGUGACGCGGGUGUCCGCCACCGUCUGUGCAAGGUAUACCUAUGGGAAAGCAGUAGAAGGCGAAGCGGUUUUGAGCGUUUGUCUACGCCCUGACGAGAAACGACUUAGUUACAGCACUGGUGGCGUUGAACCGCCAUGCGUAGAUGCGCGUCCACUCGAUUUGCAAGACGGAUGCCGGGAAUUUGACGUGGACAUAUCAGAGUUGCCCAUCGAGGACAGGGAGUAUUCCUCCGGACGCUGGUAUAAUGCACAGCUGACGUUCAGCGCCAACGUUACCGAGCUUGACACAGAUGUAACUCUGACUGGAGAGGAAAGCGCAUCGCUGGUCCUAGAUCGACUGAACCUGCAAAUUCGCGGUAGAGACUAUUUCAGAGGUUCGAUACCUUACGUUGCAGAGGUAGUGGCAACGCAACCUGAUGGCAAACCAGCUGCCGGUAUCCUAAUUGAACUAAGUGGUAACCAGCCUAAUCAAGUCUCACCCACUGCUGCCAAUGGAAUCGCUACAUUUACCAUCGAAAUCGGAAAGGAAAUAGAAAGCAUUUAUCUUGUGGCAAAGACUGUCGAUGCUGGUGGAGUCCAAACAAGCAAGAGGGUGCGAGGAUGGUUCUCCACGUCAAAGCAGUUCCUACAGAUUGAGGCGGCCACGGGUGUGAUGCGCUGCGGAGAGAUAGGGAGUGUCAGGAUCACAUACACGGUCAAUAAACCCGGAACACGUCAGUUCUACUACAAGGUCGGCGCAAAUAACAAGAUCAUAGAUGUGGGAACGACGGAACAAACUCUUACUGAAUUGCAGUAUGCUUCGACAGAAACAGCAGAUGACGGAAGCGCAUCGAACUUGUUUGUAUUACUGAAAAAGGCCCAGCGACAACUCGGUGGAUCCCGAGGCGUUGCAAGCUUCAAUCUGGAGUUCAACGUCACUCACGAGAUGGCGCCACAGAUUAAACUGCUCGUCUUCCACGUAGUCCAAGGCAGCGGCAACGAUGCCACGAAGGAGAUAAUUGCCGACAGCAGAGAAAUAGACGUAGAGAAAUGCCUCCGCAACAAGGUGUCGAUCAGCUUCGCAGAGCGAGAGCAGACACCAGGUUCAGAAGCUAUGCUGCAGAUACGAGCCAGCCCACGCUCCCUCUGUGCCGUUGGUGUUGUCGACAAGAGCGUCACACUGCUGGCAGACAGCAACCCUAUUACACCUGCUACGGUUUUUGCAAAAUUAAAAGAUGGAAUACCAAAUUACCGUACACGCUACAGCUUCAAAGAUUAUUGCACAAGUAGACAUGGUAAACCUGGAUCGAUACAAGUUCCGCCCAUACCUGCCCGAGUAUCUGCGGGUGGUCUAGGCCUGCACUUCACGACCAUCCCACCUUUUCAUCGUUACCCGGCCAGUUACACAUGGAAGCACACUGAUUAUGUGGACUCAAGGCAGGCAUUCCAGGAUCUGGAUUAUUGGUCAUGUCAGACAUGAACGUUGAUGCCGAGACCGUGCAAGCCUGAGCCACGCUUUAUCUACCUACGUCGUUUCGCUCCUGGCCCAGAGCUUUUAGGGAGAUCUAUUAGACGUACUAGCUUUGCACCGCAACCUACUUUACGACGGCCACCGCAUUUCGCACGACCACCUCAUUUCCCACAACCACAGACGAGUUUAUUGAAGACCCACAGAAGCGCCAUCUACGCCUGACAUAAGAACCUUCUUCCCAGAGACGUGGCUAUGGACGCUUGAAAGAGUCAGUGACAGCGGCGAGCUGCUUAGUUCGUACCGAGGUGCCGGACACGAUCACGGACUGGGUGGGGCGGCU